AUGCGUGCAGUGGCGCCGUUGCCCACAACGAAGUCUAAGGAAGAUGUUCGAAUUGUUGGUGGUGAAGAUAUAGAUAUAACUAUAGCCCCAUAUCAAGUUUCUCUACUCAAAUAUGGUAGACAUUCAUGUGGAGGUGCAAUUAUUGCUGAAGAUAUAAUUCUUACUGCUGCACAUUGCAUUUACAAUACAAAUUCAGAAGGUUAUUCGGUGCGUGUUGGGUCCUCGUCAAAUCAAAAGGGUGGUGACCUAUAUCCAGUGGGUGAUUUAAUGUGGCAUCCGAAUUUCACAUAUACCGAAAUGGAUAGUGAUAUAGCAUUGAUCUGGCUGUCAAAACCCAUACAAUUUAAAGACGAAGUCGCCCCUAUAGACUUGCUAAUGAUGGGAGAGGAGAUUCAAGAUGGUGAUAUUACAAUGGUUUCAGGCUGGGGAAACAUACGAGAGGGAGGUGGAUAUCCGUCCACGUUGCAAAUGGUAUUGGUACCUAAAGUCAACUCUAAUGAAUGUCACGAAGCGUACUCGUCUAUGUAUAGCAUCACGUCGACAAUGCUGUGUGCUGGUAUUCGUGAAGGUGGCAAAGACGCAUGUCAGGGCGACAGUGGUGGACCGAUGGUCUACAAUGGAAGGCUCGCAGGUAUUGUAUCUUGGGGCUUAGGUUGUGCUCGACCCAACUAUCCAGGAGUGUAUGCUAAGAAAAAGGAAUGCAAGCAUUAUGCGGAAGACCGAAGAGUA